AUGAACCUUUUCAUUUCUGCUGGCAUUCUUAUCAGCUAAGUACUUUUUGAUUCCAUCAACAGUUUAGACACCGCUAUUAGGAACACCGUCAGAAAGAAGGUAAAUACCGUUUAAGGCUUGCUUAGUAUUGAAGGCUAAAUCCAAACCAGAAGAGAUGUUAGUGGCUCCGUUGGUGGUUAAUUUGUUAAUAUAAGCAAUAGCAGCUUGGAUAUUUUCGGGAGUUGCAUCAAUAUAAUCAGUUUUCCAUUAGGAAGCACUGUUACCGAAAAUGAUAACAUUGAACUUCUAGUAGGGCUUCAAUUGUUCAGCAAGAGUUUUGGUAAGUUAAGACUUGACGAAAGCUAAACGAGAGAUAGUUUCUCCGUUGGCCUUGAAAGUGUAGUCCAUAGAUCCAGAAAUAUCAAUAACAAAAGCAGCAACCUUUUCAGUGAUGGUACCAUAAAUGCAGUUUCUAGCAGAAAUAGCAUUCAAAAUAGCCUAAGCGUCACUCUUGUCUGA